GACUCUCCAAAUCAAACAUGGUACAAUCGAUUACACGAGCGUUAACUUCAUAACGUUAACUCGCUCUAACGAGACGCCUGCCUUGCAGGUUAUGCUACACUUUGUCGUAUUUACUGGCUUGAAGGUGAAUUGCUGUCAAUUCUGUCACAAUCAUCACAAGGAUCCGAGUAGCUUCAGUUGUUCAAGUUAACGAGAAGGCACGCUUAGCCAAAAAACUUGAAUAAUAUUUAUUCCCUUGUGACAAGAUGUGUUUGAAAAUAUUGUCGAAAUGGCCUUCUGGUGAACAUCGAAGCUUUGAUCAGUUUACAGAGGGAAAGUAAAGUUUUAGUGAGGAAACAGCAGGAGGAGGAAAAAAGAAAAGCAAGUCCUAUGGCUUCCGAGGAAACAAAGACGCCGACAAUGCUUGCGACAAGCGGAAUAGAAGCUAAGAAUACAAUUGAAAUUAAAAGUAAGCUUUCACAAUGUUAUAUGCACGUGGUAAAUAUAUGGCUAUUUAGUUUAGUUCAGUCUCGGUAGCUUGUCAUAAAACUAUACUGUGUUCAGUUUUUGGUUCUGCAAGUGCACGUUGUUCUGUAUCGGCAAAGCUUAAUAACGUAAUCGAUCAUGUAACAGUAAUUUAACUCUCAAAUUUUUUUGGGAUUCUUCGUGGGUGCUUGUCACUAAUCUGCGUUGUUUAAUUGUCAUAUAACCGACAUUCUAAUUAACCUUAAGGCUCUAUAUAUCUCGUGAUGUUAAUUUAGUUGUCGAUGUGUGAUUUGUAUGCGAGAUUGUUGUAUUUCUGCGUUGAUAAUCUAGAGCGAUAUUUACAAUGUAUAAGGUCAAGAUAUGUUACGCUAUCGUGAUUUUAGAAUGGGAAAGAUAAAGGAACAGGAAAGGAGCGGAAAGGUACUGAGUCGAAUUGGCUCCGUUUUGAUUUUUUUCUUGCAAAGUUUAUCAUGCCGCUCCUAUUUUAAUGUCAGGAUUGAAACUUUAAACUUAUUUGUAAAGAACAAAAUCUCGAUUAAUACUUAUUGGCGUCGAUGGCACCAAGAAUUUUAGCUUGACAUCAGACGGUAGGUAAGAUCAUAGGAAUAUUGUAUCCGGCUCGGAUUGUGUUCCAACUUGAUUUCAAUAAAGAAAAGCUAAACUUACUUUAUGUGGGAACCCUUAGAUUACUUGCAAAACAGAAAUUUUGAUGAAAUAAUCACGUAUCAAGUAGACAUUUGAGAGUUAGGGAUGACGUUUUCGACGAACCAUAAACGGGAAACUGAAAUUAUGCCUAUCACUGUACACUAUUGGUCGUUAUUUUCAUAAAGUAAAAUUUUGCCUUUAAAUUGAACGAAAUAUUUUUGUUCUUGAUUCAAGGAUUUUAGGAAAUGUGAGUUAACUCAGAGUCUUUUCUAGCGAAUGACGUUGUCACAUAUUCAUCUCGUCUGCUUAACAAAUAAGGAAUUAGUCUUGACUACAUGUGCUCUGUGUUGUUGUAAAGCACGCAAAAGCGUCUAGGUAUAGAGCACUAAGAAGUGUCGUGGGGAACACGAGACGAAGUCGAAUGUUUCUCCCUACUUUUUGCUCCAGCCGCUUCUUAAGUGCUUUACAAUCAAGUUCGUCAAAUUCCCCUCGCAUGACUUCUAUUUUCAAAACAAAAUCUGAAUUUUCGAAGCGAACAAAGGUGUUAUACUCUUGUGGUGACCCCCAACAUUCCUUAGUUGUUGCGUGACAAUCAAGUUCUGGAUUAUUUUCGAGUUUUUGGGUUACACUUAGGUCUUAGAGGGAGAUUUCGCAAUUCCCCCUGAGUAAACACGUGCCUUUGAACAAAGAAUUAUUAUUCCAGUGUUGAUGUUGUUCACAAAUUAAGAAGAUUAACUAUUUUUGGAGUUCGUCCAUUUUGAACACUAGACUCUCAUGAAACAUGCUUAUAUAAGCCGAUCUGAUUGGUUGAAUAAGAUAAAAGCUGUCAAAACUGUCAAACCAACAAAGUUCAAAAUCCUUAAUAGUUCACCUAUUAAACUAAUUCGGCAAGUCGAAUUCAACACUUUUGCUUGAAGUUUUUUUUUAUUCUUAAACAGAAUCUGGAAGUGAAAUGUUCUGUGAAAUCCGUCGAAUUGUGGCUCAUAAAACACGCAAGCUUUUUCACUUGACAAAUAGAAAACGAACGGCUCAAGGCUUGUGUUUUACGAAUGAAAGACAGCCGGAUUCACAGAUAAAGAAGAUUUCUUGGUAACAGCGCCAAAAUAUCCAAAAUAAAAGUCUUACUCCUCAUGUGGAAACAGUAAGAAGGGAGCGGUGCAGUGGCAGGGCGUUUAGCAGAUGCUUUAGAAAGCAUUGAAAAAAAAAUUAAUUGCAGAAAAGCUGCUUGGUGAGUUGGUAUAUCUGGUAAGAUGAGUGAGUGGCCUGUGUAGAUUGCUGCUAAAAUGGGUAUACAACUGACAAGCUCAAGGCUACUGUGAAUUCCUUUUUUUUAAAGCAUUAGUGAAUCUAAAAUCUUCUAUUCAUCCUAAUCUCAACAGACCUGCUGAUCAAAGUAUAUAAACUUUUAAAAAUUUAGCACCACUCCGAUAGAUGAUAUUUUUAAUUUACUCAAUAUGAAACAGGGAACUAAAAUGUUCACGAAUGAUCCGGAAUGUUCUGAGUUUACUGCGUCUCUACCUACCUCCAUCCGGAGCAGCCUCGGUACGACCGAUAUUUAGUAAUGGGAUUUCCCUUAUUAUUUAUUAAUGGAUUUUUUUCCCUUAUUAUCAUGUUUUUUUUACAUCAUGUCUUUUUAAAGAUCAGAUUAACAUCCAGGAGGGGAGAAUCUUAGUAAUCUUCUACACUUAAUUGUAUUUACUGGCUUGAAGGUGAAAUCUAUUAAAUCGGUCAACAUCAGAAGGAUCUAAGUAGCUUCAGUUGUUCAAUGCAAGUGAACGAAAAGGCACACAUAGUCAAACAAUUGAGUAAUUUUUAUUUCCUUGUGACAAAUGUGUCUGAAAAUAAUGUCGAAAAUGCCCUCAAACAGUGAUGUUUUGAUCAGUUCACAGAGGGAAAGUAAAGUUUAAUUGAGGAAACAACAAGAAGAAGAGAAAAGAGAAGCAAGUUCUAUGGCCUCCGAAGAAACAAAGACGCCGACAUUGCCUGCGACAAGCGAAAUAGAAGGUGAGAAUGCUAUUCAAAAUUAGAGGUAAGUUUCUAGAAUCGGAAGUAAUGACUUUUUGCUGUUUUGUCCGUUUGUCUACUGUGUUUAGUCUCAAAUAGUACGUGUCUUUGUUGUGGUGACUGAAAAAGGUUGGAAAUACGUUUAGAAAUAUUCCAUGUUGCUGAAUUGAAAGGUAAACAAACAUUAUCACUCUCGAAAGUCUAUUGUUAGUUCGAAGCGAAAUUUCGAGCCCAAGUGAUCGAACAGACGCUUUCCGUCGCGAAUUUUCGCUUCGUGGCGAAAAUUCAACGAAAAAGCGUCCUUUGUUCAAACGAAAUAUCGCUUAACAGGCCUCGAGCUCUCUAUCGAAUUUUCGCUCGAACCUUCCAACGACGACAGGUCGCUAGUACAAAUAACGAAAUUUGCUGAAUUCCAUUUGCACUACUUCUGCACAAUACUGUAAUGAGGUACUAAGUCGAAUUGGUUCCAUUUAUGGUGAGUUUUUUUUGCCGAGUUUUAUCAUUCUGCUCCUUUUUUAAAGGUCAGGAUGGAAGCAGCACUGGUUAGUAACCAAUUUGUUGUUCUUUAUUUGUAAAGAACAGAAUUAUUACUGGAUACAAAACUGCCAGAUGCGAUCGAAGCGAUGGCCGUAAAAGGGUGACACGGUCAUCUACUUCGCAGAGCAUUUAGAUGCAUUUGAACGUCUAAACAUAAAUGCGAAUACCUCCCUGGAAGCCGCUUGGAUUGAAGCUAUGGUAGAGUCACAGAGACUAUUACUUAGUCCUAUCUAUUGCCCUCCGGAUUGUACUUCGUUCCGACAAAAGUUUUCAUCUACUAUGGAUCGCAUAUUUAACGUUCAUACGUCAGCGUGCGAGCAACUCUUACGCAUCUUUCGUGCUCUCAAAACUUCCCGCGUGCUUCAUAUCUCGAUGAACACACAGCUGACGUAUGAACCAAUUGUUUUAUAACAUUUCAACCCGAUUGAAAAAUUUUUUUCUGAAGGGAUUUGUUUGCUGACGUCGUGAGCGCACACAAUAGGAAUAUGAAGCACGCUUGCGCAAUUGAAUUUGAUUAGGCAAAUUUACUAGCUAUGUUAUAAAUAUGGAUGAAACGGACGAAAAUUUCGCGCUGCGUGAUUGAGAUUUUGUUCCUGAUGUGCACAAAGAGGUUCAUGCUUAUCGUCAAUAAACUUAAUUAAGCCAUUAAUUGGACAUUUACAGUCCAUAUCCUAGCUCACCACCGACGCAAUCUCACUGCUGUCUCUAAAGUCCCUUGAAUCGAGCAAUCUUCCGCAGUAACUCUCUCUCGGUAUAGCUUUCAGUAUAGUCAUCGCUCCGACAACAACAACUCCUACUACUGACAACUACAUAAGUGAGUCUUUAUAUAUCUUCACAAAGUGUUCUGGAACGCUUAUACAAGAACUAUUUUAGUAGUAGUAGUACAUAAUAAAUACGUGACUCGAUGAAAUGUUCUGGAAAGUUCUUUGGUAUGCAAGCCAGCAUGACUCAGCAGUCCGGAAAUUUCUGGGAGAUUAUAUUUACAACAAUUACUUAUGGCAGAAGGAAAAAGAGAAAUAAAAAAUAUCGGUCCAAUUAAAGACAGCUCCGGAGUAAUUUAUUCAGAAAAUACAUUAAAGGCCAACGCUCUAAAUUCUUUCUUUGUCAAUGUCGGAAAAUCUCUUUCGAAUUCAACACAAGAAAAUUCAUCAAUCCCCUCAAGUCAGCCUACAAGUAAUAUGAAGGAAAUAUCCACUCUUACAAUUUGCAACAUAGCUUUCAAAAACGACCUCUUGAAAUAUGCCUUCAAAUGUAUGAAAAAUGGCAAGUCAAGUGGCCCGGGUAGUAUAUCUCGAAAUGAGUUGCGCCUAACUGGUGAUACAUUAUUGGACUAGUUCGUGCCUCUCGGGCAAAGAAGUAUUUAAAUUCCCAAGCCAAUGGAAACAAGCACAUGUUAAAUGUCUUCACAAGAAAGGGAGCACCCUAGACUGUGGUAACUACAAACCUAUUUCACUCCUCAAUUUUCCAGGCAAGUUGUCAGGAAACGUGAUAAGUGAACAACUAUGCCAGUUUGAUUAUAUUUUCAUCACUCCUGUUUUGUUCUGUUUUGUUUUAUACACGAAACUAUGUAUCCUGUAUGCGAGUGUUAGCUGUGUUUGAGUUUUAUUACCAGACGUAAGCUUAUAAUAUAACUGAGCGUGAAGACCUUCAAAACUCUGACAAUUCGUUUCGUUUUCUCUUAAUGAUUUUCGUCUCUACUCGCGUAAUAGUAAUAAUGUCAAUUACUGUGCUUGGUAUGUUUACAAACCUUUGUUACUCUGUUGUUAUCUGGCGGUUCCUUGUUCCGAAAUUUCACUUCAAUUAACAAAAACAAAGCUUGAGAGAAGUCCGAGAAAUAGUUGGACAUUCUACAAAUUGGCAGAUGACGUACGUGACACAUAACUCAGCACCAUGUUUUGUGCUCUGAUAGAACGCUCUCUUUCAACCAAUGACAGCGCGCGUUAUAUCCGAACUAUAAUAUAACUGAAGAUAUGUGAAAAAAAACCCCUGAUAUAACUAGUAUUGAUGAAGCUGCUAGAAACCAGAAUAAUUUAAAAUUAAAAUCAGCUCCCCAAAAAUUAAACGCGAUAAAAGAAAAGCCGAUAUUUAGAAUCCUUCAAGUCUGAUUUUCUUUGCAAAGGCAAUUUAACCAAGUCCUUACCAAUCCCUAAAACAUCAUCACUCAAGUAACCUACCGCUUACGAGUUUGGCUGUUUAGAAUUUGGCUGUUUAGAAUCAACUGAAUUAUUAAACGGAAGCUUAAGCCCACCAUCUUAUUACUGUCCUAUGAGAACCUGGUUAGUUUUCUACUCCAGGGCAAAAAGAUAACAUUUUUUGGACUAUGAUACCUCACGCAAUCCAAUAUUUAAACUGCAUGCAACUAAAACAUUAAUGUAGCUAAGAAUGCAAUAUCUCUAAAUACAUACAGGAGACUUUAACGACCCAAGGACCUCUGUGGUGACAGAACUGCUGCUUUCAGACAUAAGUGAUGACGUAGGUACUUGCUGGCGUGAGCUUGGACCAAAGCUUGAUAUCCCUGCAGCAAAGAUCCAAAAUCUGGACAACGAUUAUCGCUGUAGUCGCGACAAAGCAAACGCCUUACUCCUCAUGUGGAAACAGAAAGAAGGGAGCAGUGCAGUGGCAGGGCGUUUAGCGGAUGCUUUAGAAAGCAUUGGGAAAAAAUGCAUAGCAGAAAAGCUUCUUGGUGAGUAGGUGUACCUGGUAAGAUAAGUGAGUGGCCUGUGAAGAUUGCUACUAAAAUGUAUAUACAACUGACAAACCGGAUAGAUAACUAUACGACGAAGUCUUAUACCCCAUUCACACCAAAGCUUAGACAUUUUUUUAGGUUGUUUUGUUAAAGACAGGUUAAUUUUUUUCUACUUCAUAGAAACUACUGAACCUGAUUUUUUUUAUUUAAAAUGUAGUACAUUGAAAAUGCAAGUUAGCAAGUACUUGAAUCUGUUUAUGGUUGUCAUUCAGUAAAAACCAGUUGAACAAAAUAUGUUUUGCUGGUGUAAAUAGAGUAUUAGAAAACAGUUGACAACAACUCAAAACAGUUGUUCACAUCAUCUGUGAUCUAUUACUGAACAGUCGCACGGCAACUUGGAAUCUAUUUGUUACAUAGCUAAUAUCUUUAACUCAUCCUCAUCUAAACACACCUAAUGAUUAAUUUGAGCGCGCUUAUACUAUUUCAGGGAUUUUGAAAUUCUUAAUAGAGUUGAUUUUGGCCAGCUUUGUUGUCUAAUGGGCCCGGGAAACUUGCCCCACCCCUUCAACCGAUGGAAUUCAAGAUUAAGAUCAAAGGUGACAAGUAGGCCCACGCUUCAAAUAUUUUGCUUCUUUAUGCUUUGUACUCCCUCUGGCUCCUGACCAGUGAUAUUUGGCUUUAUUCUAAUUGACAUUUAGCAAAACUAUGGGUUUGGUUUUACGAAAACCGUGAAUUGUCUAGCUAUCCUAUUAUAAGGGUUGCUAAGUUAAGAAAUUGCUUUAUUGGAAGGAAUAGGAAUCUUUCCCUGGCUGCAGAUAUUCUAAAUGGUUACAUUAGUUUAUUGGUGUAAUUUGUUCCGGGGUGCUGCCCUUGGGUGGAUAAUGAAGCUUCAAACUGAUCGAUGAAUAACUCUUAACUUAAAACACUUUCCUUUCAACAUAUGUUCUAUUAUUUAGGAGUGGAUGAUGCGAAAAUGCUGAGGUGUGGAAGCAUUCCUAAGGGCCAUGUUAUCAGUUUAACAGUUAUCCAUAACUUGGGUGAAGGGCUUGAUAAGGUUAGUAAUUAACAACACGUUUUCUACAAUAAGCACUGAAAGAUGUAAUUUUCACAAAAACAAUAUUCAUAAUUUGUUCCAACAAAGUUAUGUUUCAUUUCCAAGCUAUUGACUGGUACGUGUGCCCUCGACCUCUCCAGAGCUAAUCACUUCAAUUGUUCUAAUGAUUGGGACUCGUGAACGAAAGGAUGAAAUUUACAUCAGCCGUAGACCAGAAAUACCACUUAGGUGGAUUUCCACCAUUCUCUGAACAUAGCUUCAUCAUCAACCACUCUUUACAAGAAAAAUGACAAAAUUAUGUUGGUUUAGCAAAUAUUUUUCGUAAAAUAAGUUAAAAUAUGCUUGCAUACAACUAUUUGUCAUUUUUUUUAGCUUAUGGUGUGCGAAGAUGCACAAGGAAAUAAAUUCAUGGUUAAAGCAUUCAACAGCAGUGACAAUUUUUUGAAAUUGGAAGAGGUAACUUAUUUACUUAUCCCAUUUAUCCAAUUAGAAUGUUUCAAUAAAAUUUGGAAAAAUGCACCCGUAAUUCAAGGCCCUGUACGUCUUCGAAAAUUAUUUAAUAGUUUUUGUUCAGUUAUUUCACCCGGUUGUAUUUCAUUUGCUUUAACAGACACUUGUAAGCAAGAGAUUUUUAGAAACUGUUGUUGUGGCAAGACAGGAAAGCUUAAAGCGUUAUAUUUCAUCAGAGCUUCAAGACCUGAGGCUCCAAAUGAAGAAAGGGCAACUGGCCAAUGGAAAUUUUGAUAAAACAGAUGGGAGUCAAGAUGCUUCCAAAGACAAAAAAGAGCCAACAAGCAGUUUAUUAAAUGAAGAAGUGGAUCCACCUAACGAUGAAAGCGUGGAAAAACUGCUACAGUCAUGUGAAGAACAUCGCAACAUUUUCCAGAGAAGGUUUGAAGCUGUUAUCAAGCUGACGGCCGAGGUUGCACAACAAAGCGAAGAUAAUGUAAACUGUAUUUCUCAACUUUUGGAGUUUACUAUGGAACUCCAGCAAGAAGAAAUAAAACUUUUCUCCAAAAUCGAUUUGGUGCGUACUCAGAGCCAACUUUCGGACGAGCGGCAUAAGGAUCGAGCUGAAGAAUUACACAAAUGGAAAACGCAACAUGAGGUGCAAAUUAAGGAAGUUGAAAAGCUGCUGUCAGGACUACUCCAUCAAAGUACAACAGAGGGAAAGCCAAAUUAUAAAGGAAGGCUGGUAAUUUCUAAUAGACUAACAUUUUUUCAAUUUAAUUACUUAAUAUUACAUGCAAAUUGUAUGUGAAUUGUUAGAAGCUCAUUGAAGGAGUGAAACAUGAAAACAUGAAACAUUUGAUUUAUAUCGAGGGAGAGAUAAACCCAAUCAACAUGAUAGAUGAAACUUUGUACGACCGACUUAUCAGAGGCCUUGAUAGUCCAUAUUUGUCGGUAGUCUUAUGUCAGUCAACAAGUUCCUAAUUGCAUUCUGCCUCAGGUUUUUGUUUCAAUGAACUCAAACAAGCUGGCAGAAUCUUAUCAUCGAUGACCCUAUAAAUCUUCUCCCCUUAUUGGUUUUUUCUGUUUGUGAUUUUUUCGCAUUGUUACAUUUGUUGUCUCGUUUUUGUAAAGUUCUCUCACCAGAAAUCUGUGCCAGAACACGGCUCAAAAUCUCUUUCAGGAUUCGGAGAGAAGGUGAGGGAAUUUGAGUUGAAUCUGAAAUUAUCAAAACACAGAUCACCGGACUCAAUCAAACUGCAGAUAAGUAACUGACUAAGCCACUAUCAUGGUGAAUAUGACUCAUUAUAAUUAUAACGCGCUCAAAAUAUCUUUGUUCUCAUUCGGUCAUUCAUAUUACCUUUGUCGCCUGUUUUCAGGACAAUAGCUAAAUGUUUAUGUUUAUAUCUAAUUCUAUCUAUUUUUGUAGAGUUUCAGACAUCAUUCAGAAGGUGACCUAUCAAAAGAGAUCAGAAUGAAGGUAUAAUGUAAUCGUUAUUAAAAUACCACCAUCAAACUAAGAACGUAAGAAAAAGUUGAAAAUGUUUGGCUGUCUUCUCCGCAAGAAGAAAAGGACGAACAGAACUUUUUUAAGACUCAGCAACGCAAAUUUGGCCAGCGCUGGGACGAAGAUUGACUUUAACAUGAACGUGAAUCAUUAAUUAUUAUCAUUAGGGAUCAAAGAUGAAAUGCGGGACGUUCAGCUCUGGAAGGCCACCCUAAUUCAUAAAAAGCUGUACCUUAACAUGACAAUUGUACUAUUAUUAUCAUUAUUAUCAUUUUAUUAUUAUUACUUUAAAUUAUUUUUAAUGUAUUCUUAUAGCCUUUUUUCUCUUUAUGUUUCAAGAAUCCCUUGUCGUGGCUGAGAUCGGUGGAUAAAUAACCUUGCGUCCUUUUCUAAAUCUCAAAACCAUCCAGCGAUGAAGAAUAUCAAACCAAAUUCGGAAGCAGGAGACGAUACAAAAGAACUCAUAGACUGACAUUGUUUACUAUUAAAAAAAUCGAUCAGAAUGAUCUCUUUUUAACGAAGCCCUCUGCAAAGAUAUUGAAAGGAGCACACGAACAACCUCAUUUUCGUUUAUCACUCAUUUUAUUGUCAUAUUUAGUAGAACAUGUGUUAAUUUGAAAAAUAUAAUGUAAAAAAAUAUGAAUCUCAAUCACUGACGGUAGAAAGUUCUUGUUCGCCUUGAUAUAAAGGUGAAUUAAUCUCUCUGCCAAAGUUAUAAUUGCCAAGUUGAAGAUGAACAAAAAUUCGUAAGCAUACGACAAAAUUUUUCGUGCCGUUGAGAUGAAAUAAAAAAAAAUUAUUGUUGUGUUCUCACCUGAUUUGGCUUACAUAUUUUUACAACAUCUCAAUAACCCACAAAUAUCUGAUUUUUAAAAAAAAAAUCGUCGAUGUUUACGCCAUCGCCAGGAUAACAUCGAGAGAGACUCGUAGACGAAAAAAAAAAGAGUUUAAUCUUUCCAGGAGCGAUCUAAGCUACUAGUUACAUAUGGAACUUAGCUGCCGCUCUACAAACAAUAUUAGCUCACACAAUGAAGAUUUUAUUAUGUCUUUGACGCCGCUUCAAUUUUUGGUUGUUGAUUUGUUUUAUUAGUUAGAUUUCAUUUUUCUGACCUUGACCAAUUUGAGAAAAAAAGGACAAUUUUGUGUGUGUCAAGAGCCCUUCGAUUUAUCUUAAAACGAUGAGGCGCUGCUGGCCGAGAAAACUGAUGAGCUUCGGGUACGAGAAUGUCUUAAAUAGAUAACUGAAUCCAAAUUUUUUUCUAGGUGAAGGGUUAGAUAUUUAUAAAGUGAGUAAUAUGCAAAUAACAUUGUUUACAUGAAACAGACUAGGAUGCUCUAUACACCAAUUAACAUAUUUUGAUAUAAUUAUUAUUACCAUCAUCAUGAUGGUUUCCUGAGCAAGUACGAAAGGUUAUCUUAGUGUUCCUAUGAAUGCAAAAUAUCGCU